CGGCUGCUGCGCGCGGGCGGAAAGUUUUUGCGGACGGACUGUGUCGGUGAUGGGCGCGGCGUGAGUGGAGGAGGCCGGAGACCUUAGGCUGCUUUUGAUUGCUUGUUAGAGCUGCCGGAGAAGGGGUCCGCGGCGGGGAACAGCGCGGGGCCGACGCCCGGCUUUUCCGCUGCCUGGGUCCCAGUUCUGCGCCUUUCUUCGUUCUGCGGCGCCGGAGCUCCGCACAAGCACACCAUUGCGGGCCCCUGCCCAGGCCCCCUUCGCCUCCUCUUCUCAUAGGAGAGACUUCUAGAUCUCAAGCAUUUUUGAGUGAUUUUUAAGGUAAAAACACAACUCCAAACAGACGCGAUCCAAAUGCAGGAGUUCUGUAUUUCCAGGUUGUCACUUGAGAGGUGAAGUUGUAACUGAGAAAGGUGGAGGGAACUCAACCGGGCAAGGGAUGCCAGGCCAACAGAGAAACUUGCGAGUAGGUUAGUGGAUCCAUAGAAAUUCGAGUGGAAUCUCGCCUUAAGAGCGCAUUUCUCUAUCUAUAGCUUUCUGUUUGCAUUCGGAUUGGGACUCCCAGGAUCGCUUUCAUCAUGCCUACAGUGGUGGUAAUGGACGUAUCUCUUUCCAUGACCCGACCUGUGUCUGUCGAGGGGUCUGAGGAAUACCAGCGCAAGCACCUGGCAGCCCAUGGUUUGACGAUGCUGUUUGAGCAUAUGGCCACAAAUUACAAGCUUGAGUUUACAGCUCUGGUGGUUUUUUCAUCCCUCUGGGAGUUGAUGGUUCCCUUCACAAGAGAUUAUAACACCCUACAGGAAGCAUUAAGUAAUAUGGAUGAUUAUGAUAAAACCUGCUUGGAGUCUGCAUUAGUUGGUGUUUGCAAUAUCGUUCAGCAAGAAUGGGGUGGUGCAAUUCCUUGUCAGGUUGUUCUGGUGACAGAUGGCUGUCUUGGCAUCGGUAGAGGGUCUCUGAGGCACUCCUUGGCUACUCACAACCAACGCAGCGAGAGCAACAGGUUUCCACUACCUUUUCCUUUUCCAUCUAAGUUGUACAUCAUGUGCAUGGCGAAUCUGGAGGAGCUUCAGAGCACUGAUUCCUUGGAUUGCCUUGAACGUCUUAUAGAUUUAAACAAUGGUGAAGGGCAGAUUUUUACUAUUGAUGGUCCCCUGUGCUUGAAAAAUGUACAGUCUAUGUUUGGAAAGCUGAUAGAUCUGGCAUAUACACCGUUCCAUGCUGUUCUCAAGUGCGGCCACCUCACCGCCGACGUGCAAGUCUUCCCCAGGCCAGAACCUUUUGUAAUAGAUGAGGAAAUUGAUCCUAUCCCUAAAGUCAUUAAUACAGAUUUGGAAAUAGUGGGAUUUAUUGAUAUAGCAGAUAUUUCAAGUCCCCCAGUUCUGUCCAGACAUCUGGUCCUACCUAUAGCACUUAACAAAGAAGGUGAUGAGGUGGGUACUGGUAUAACUGAUGACAAUGAAGAUGAAAAUUCAGCCAAUCAGAUUGCUGGCAAAAUACCCAACUUCUGUGUCCUGCUGCAUGGCAGCCUAAAAGUGGAAGGAAUGGUGGCGAUAGUUCAGUUAGGGCCUGAAUGGCAUGGGAUGCUCUACUCUCAAGCUGACAGCAAGAAGAAAUCAAACCUCAUGAUGUCUCUCUUUGAGCCUGGCCCAGAACCUCUCCCGUGGCUAGGGAAAAUGGUGCAGCUGGGUCCAAUUUCAGAUGCUAAAGAAAACCCUUAUGGUGAGGAUGAUAAUAAGAGCCCAUUCCCCCUGCAGCCCAAAAACAAGCGCAGUUAUGCCCAGAAUGUGACGGUGUGGAUCAAACCCAGUGGCCUGCAGACAGAUGUACAGAAGAUUUUAAGAAAUGCAAGGAAACUACCUGAAAAAACACAGACAUUCUAUAAGGAGCUGAACCGUUUACGGAAGGCUGCCCUGGCCUUUGGUUUCCUGGACCUGCUCAAAGGGGUGGCGGACAUGCUAGAAAGGGAGUGCACGCUGCUGCCCGACACGGCUCACCCCGACGCCGCGUUCCAGCUGACCCACGCUGCCCAGCAGCUCACGCUGGCCAGCGCUGGCACCUCCGAGUGUGCUGGCUAUGACCACAACAUCACACCUUUGCAGACAGACUUCUCUGGGAGCAGCGCAGAGAGAAUAUGAUGCUGACUUUGGAAGCCUUCCUUCCCUUUUUCAAGUGAGAAUGAUUUCGGGUAAAAACUUUCUCAGUCUGUUUACCUCUGCAGCGGCUACCCGAAGACCUUCCCAAGAUUGCCUGAGAAGCACCCCUCACAGGUUUGACUCUGCUACUCCGAGAAGGUUCUGCAAGGUGGGCAGCUGCUUUCUGGAGCUCAGAGUCUUUAAAUCCCAAAGACAACUUGUUGCUCCCACAAUGGGAACAUCUCCUGAAACGCUUGAAGAACUGGCAAGCUUAGAGCCCUCUCCACCAUCCUCAGGAAACCGAACAACCUGGGUUCUGUUCCUGAAAGACCUCUCCACUCCUUUCCUCUCCCAACCACAGGGACAUUUUCAAGUACCUGUGGUUGGGAGAGGAGACUUGCUAAACACAAACCUGACAUCACUAAGCUUCAGAACUUCCUUAAAACUUCGGCAAAAAGUCAGUGGCAACCCUUAGGGUGCUUUUGGUAUAUCUUGAGAUACAAACUUAAACAACAACCAUAAAUGUAUGAUCCUCAUUUAUUCAAAUUUUUUUAAAGAAAAUAAAAUAUUUGAUUUUCUAUAAAA